AUCGGCUGCGGGAGGCACAGCUCUCCCUGUGGCCGCCAUUAGAGAAAGGAAUCCAUGAAUUCAAAUGGAAAGCAGCAGGAACAGAUAGCAAAUAUAUGCUUUCAAAACGAGCGAUUUGAUGUGGGUUCUUGCUGUAUUUCGACGUUCUUUAACACGGAAUGCUUUUCGUUUUUAAUGGCUUUCAGUAGGAGGUGGAGGCAUAGCAGGCCAUUUUAGUAGAGUCCGUUUUUAAGCUAAGGGGGAGGGGAGAGUUGUCUUUUUGCUCUCCCCUUUUCUUUUUGUUUUAAUAAGGUUUUUGCACCUUUUUAGCCACACUUCAUUUAUUGUAAUGCGGCUUUGGUCUCAUCGAUACGGAGGAAGGAUGUGGUGUUUUUAGUCCUGUUUCGAGUAUCGUGGAGGACGAAACGGUUUGGUGAAAUACAUUCCCACAGCGUUUGUUUAAAAAUAAUUCUCCUGAGCUCUGCCUACAUAUAGAUCCACAAACCGCUGUUUAUUUCCCGGGGACCGCGAUGAUGGAGUGCUAUACCACGCAGUGAAAGGAUGAGUGCUUGUUUUGUGCCAAACGGGGCCAGCUUGGAGGAUUGCCAUUCCAAUCUAUUCUAUCUGGCUGACCUGACUGGGAUCAAAUGGAAGCGUUAUGUGUGGCAGGGUCCCACCUCGGCACCUAUGCUCUUUCCUGUAACAGAGGAAGACCCCAUCCUCAGCAGCUUCAGCCGCUGCCUAAAGGCAGAUGUGCUGAGCGUGUGGAGGAGGAGCCAGCGGCAGGGCCGCAGGGAGUUGUGGCUCUUCUGGUGGGGUGAAGAUCCUAACUUCUCUGAGCUCAUCCACUCUGAGCUCACAGGAGAGGAUGAUGGUGUGUGGGAAAGCGGCCUCUCGUACGAGUGUCGCACACUGCUUUUCAAAGCCAUCCACAACCUGCUGGAACGCUGCCUGAUGAAUCGCAGUUUUGUGCGCCUUGGCAAGUGGUUUGUCAAGCCCUAUGAAAAGGACGAGAAGCCUAUUAACAAAAGUGAGCACCUUUCCUGCUCCUUCAGCUUCUUUCUGCAUGGAGACAGCAAUGUGUGCACCAGUGUGGAGAUUAACCAGCAUCAGCCUGUGUACCACUUAAGUGAGGAGCACCUUACACUAGCCCAGCAGGCGUCCAGCCCCUUUCAAGUGAUUUUGAGUCCGUUUGGCCUGAAUGGGACACUGACUGGGCAGUCCUUCAAACUGUCAGACCCACCAACGCAGAAGCUCAUUGAGGAAUGGAAGCAGUUCUACCCCAUCAGUACAAGCUCUAAGGAGAGCACAGAGGAUAAGAUGGAGGACAUUGACUGGGAGGAUGACUCUCUGGCUGCCGCAGAGGUGCUUGUUGGUGGUGUGCGGAUGGUGUAUCCUGCAUGUAUGGUUUUGGUCCCCCAGGCAGAUAUUCCCACGAUAACACCUGUGGGGUCAUCACACUGCACUGCUGUAUAUUCCGGUGGCCACCAAGUGCCUGCUUCAAACAGAGACCCUGCCAUUUCCUCUGUAACACUCACCCCUCCCACCUCACCAGAGGAGGCCCAGACAGUUGACUCUCUCACAGCGCAGAAGUGGAUGCGGUUACCAUCAGCAGUAGAUGGCUUUAGCGUGGACAGCGCAAGUCACCAUGGAGGCAAGAUUCCACGCAGGAUGGCGAGUCAGGUGGUGGAGCGCGUCUGGCAGGAGUGUAACAUGAAUCGAUCGCUGAACAAACGCAAGUUCUCUGCAACAGGCAGUGGGACCAGUGAAGAGGAGGUGAUGGAGAAAAUGGGAUCGUGGGAUUUUGUUGAAUCAGUGCAGAGAACAACUUGCAACUGCUCAAGGCACAAAACCUUAAAGCAGCGAGUGGGUGGCGCACAGGGCCAGCCUGUUUCAACAGGGCAGGUUCAGCAGCAGCCCAUCAAGCACAAAGCAGGAGAAAAGCUAGACAAAGGGGACAAACAGCAAAAACGCCCGCAAACACCUUUCCACCAUCGGAGCUCCGUCUCCGAUGACAUUUCCAUGGAAGCAGAUGCCUCGGCAAGCCAGAGGUUGGCUCUGCGUGGUCAGGAAUGUGGGCGAUUCACUGGCCUCCACCCUGCCGAAGUUUGCACUGUGCCCAAGCCACCUCUACUGCACACUGGAGGCGGAGCAGCGGGUGGUGCUGGUGUACCCUCAGAAUUAGUGGGCUCCCCUCAGCCACCUCCGCUUAGCCCUCAUCCUUGUGAUCGGGUUGAGGAAGGCUCAGAGACCCUCAAGAACCUGUCCACACCCCACAGUCAGCAUUUCUACCCUACUCCUUCAGAGCCUUGCCUCCUUCCCCAAAAGGGCCCAGAUGAUCCUUGUGCUGACUCUCUUGCCCACCCAUUCCACCCAGCUUACUCUGAGGCCACGGAGCCCACAGUGUAUAUUGGGACAGCAGUUUGCCUGGAGAAUGAUGGAAAUCACAUGCCCUGGAGAUUCUUCAACCUCCCUCGUAGAAAAGACUUGGACUUGCCAACACCUUCUUUGCCUACGGACAAGCUGAAAGAGGAGGGCUUGAUGGGAGUGAAUGGAAACGUGUCAAUUACUGAGGUAAUGGCCAUCUCAAAACAUACUCUAAAGGUAUCAGGUGAGCGUGUCCAGACCUACCUGCAGCGGCGAAAUCAGCAUCUAGCUGCAGCCAUUGCUGACAGCGACCUUGAGCCAGAGGUGGACCCUUACGCCUUUGUGGAUGGGGAUGUGAAGUUUACUUUCUCCGAUAAGAAGGACAAAGCAGGCAUCGAGAGAGAGCAAGGAAGGAAACACAAAGGGGACGAUGGGGGUGCUGGUACAUUGGAUGAUGCUCAACGGGGUGCAGCCCACAAAACUGCUUCCUCAACCAGUCUAAUCCAUGAUUCAGACCUGACUGUUUCUUUCAAAGACCUGGACAACCUUUUUAACUCUGAUGAAGACGAGCAAACGCCUGGUGCAAGAAGAGCGGUGAAUGGAACAGAUGAUAAGUUUGGCAGUAAGGAACCAAAGACAGCUAUGUUGGACCCUGUGUCAUGUAUUAGUUCAGCAGACCUAAACCAGAUAUUUCCCACUCCUCCAUCUCUGGAACCGCACAUAAUGGGCUACUCACCUAUGAACAUGGGUGGUAAGGAAUAUGGUAACAUGGAGCCUGGGCCAGGCAUGACCUCUCUGGAUGGCUCAUCAGCUCUAGUUAGCCAGUUUAAAAUUGAGGUGGAGGAAAGCUUCUGUAGUCCAAAACCAUCUGAGAUCAAGGAUUUCUCGUUUGUGUAUAAGCCUGAGUUGUGUCAGGCGUUUGUGGGCUGUUCCAUGUUUGCCCCCCUGAAAACCCUCCCCAGCCAGUGUCUGCCUCCUAUCAGACUUCUGGAGGAGUGUGUCUACCGGCCCAGCUGGUCUGUGGGCAAGCUGGAGCUUCUCAACCCCAUACCUGCCAUGAACUUUCUUAACAGGGACAGUAACAUUCCUAGUGUGGGCAGUGCUAUGGAACAGGACUACAAUCAGUCUUACACACCCCAGACUCACACCCCUUUUAUAUCAAACAGCGCACCCCCCAGCAACAGUGGCACAGGGAUUCUUCCUUCCCCCGCCACUCCUCGUUUCUCUGCUCCUACUCCCCGCACACCUCGUACCCCUCGCACCCCACGUGGCCCAUCCAGCGUUCAGGGCUCCUUAAAGUACGAGAACUCAGACCUGUACUCGCCUGCCUCCACGCCUUCCACCUGCCGCCCACUCAACUCUGUGGAGCCAGCCACUGUUCCCUCCAUCCCUGAAGCCCACAGCCUUUUUGUCACCCUUAUCCUGUCAGAGUCAGUCAUGAACCUCUUCAAAGACUGCAACUUUGAUAGUUGCUGCAUCUGUGUGUGCAACAUGAACAUCAAAGGCGCUGACGUGGGUGUGUACAUUAACGACCCCAACAUGGAAGCGCAGUACCCAUGCAGCUGUGGCUUCAGUGCGGUUGUCAAUCGGCGCUACGGCAAUGGAUCAGGCCUCUUCUUGGAGGAUGAGCUGGACAUCAUUGGCCGUGGCUCAGAUGUGAGCCGCGAGGCAGAGAAACGCUUCGAGGCACUGAGAAGCACAUCUUUGGAAAAGAGCCCUGGAGGACUGCAGGACAGAAACCCAGAUGAGCUGAUCUUGCUCUUGCAGGAUCAGUGCACCAACCCUUUUCCACCACUUGUGGCAGCAGAACCAGAGGGAACAGCCUCCGGGGCACCAGGGAGCAGUGUUGUUCCUCCCUGUGUACGUGUAGAAGAGAGGGACUUCCACAACGACUGCUACCUGGCUUUGGAACAUGGGCGGCAAUUCAUGGACAACAUGUCAGGAGGCAAAGUGGAUGAGGUGUUGGUCAAAAGUACCUGUCUGCAUCACUGGGCCAAAUGCAAUGCAGUGGAUGUGAGUGCCCUGUGCUCACAAGAUGUGCUGAGAGUGCUUCUGUCCCUCCAGCCUGUGCUUCAGGAUGCUAUCCAGAAGAAAAGGACUGUUCGCUCAUGGGGUGUCCAGGGGCCUCUCACGUGGCAGCAGUUCCACAAGAUGGCUGGAAGAGGAUCCUAUGGCACAGAUGAGUCUCCAGAGCCUUUGCCUAUUCCUACAUUCUUGGUGGGCUUUGAGUAUGACUUUGUGGUGCUGUCUCCCUUUGGACUGCCCUACUGGGAAAAGCUUUUAUUGGAGCCUUUUGGCUCCCAGAGAGACAUGGGGUAUUUAGUGCUCUGCCCAGAGAACGAAGCACUAAUCAAUGGCGCCAAGAGUUUUUUCAGGGAGUUAACAGCUGUCUAUGAGUCUUGCAAACUUGGUCAGCAUCGACCAAUUUCCAAAGUCCAUGCAGAUGGAAUUGUGAGAGUAGGAGGGGCUGCAGCCAAGAAGCUGUCAGAGCAGCCGAUCUCUGAUUGGUUCCUGAAGGGAGUUUGCAGCACUACUGAAGCCUUUGCCAAGCUCAAGCUGUUUGCCCAAUUCUGUAGGCAUGACCUUGCUCCAUACCUUGCUACUCAGCCCUUGGACAGUUCCUUACUCACCCAGCCGAGUCCAGCAUCUUACACUACUCAGACUUUACCUGCACAGUCCUCAGGCUCAGCCUCUUCUAACCCUCAAUCCUCACUGGCUUCAGGAGUCUCGUCCCUCACCAGUAAUACAGGCACUGGCAACGUUGGCCAGGGGUUACAAGGCAGUACCAGUAGCAUGCCCUCCUCAGGCCCACAGAACGGCAGCGUGCAGCCUAGCAAGCCAAGCUCUUUUCCUCCCUUUGGGGGUAUGGGAGUUCAGAGCAACAGCUCACAGUCUGGGGCUCUGGGCCAGCAGGCUGGCUCCCAGAGCUCAAACCUCUCUGGAGACAACUCAUCCAGCAGCAGUCAGACUCAAGGGUCUUCCGAACCACCAGAGAGCACCAUGGAGAGGGAAAAGGUUGGCGUACCAACAGAUGGGGAAUCUCACGCAAUUGUAUACCCCCCUGCCAUUAUGAUUUACAUUGUUGAUACUUUUUCAUAUGAGGAUGCAGAGACAGGGGUUGCCCACUCGAGUGUAUGGACACUCGGACUCCUGCGUUGUUACCUGGAGAUGGUUCAGUUCCUCCCUCCUCACAUACGCAACUCCAUCUCAGUGCAGAUUAUCCCAUGUCAGUACCUCCUGCAGCCAGUAAAGAGUGAAGAGAGGCAAUUGUAUGCACAGCACCUGAAAUCUCUGGCUUUCUCAGUGUUCUCUCAGUGCCGACGGCCCCUCCCUGCAUCCACCAAUGUCAAAUCACUAACAGGCUUUGGGCCUGGCCUUGCACUUGACACUGCCCUCAGGAGCCCAGAGAGGCCAGAGUGUCUGCGCAUGUACACGCCUCCUUUCAUCUUGGCACCAGUAAAGGACAAGCAAACCGAGUUGGGAGAGACGUUUGGUGAGGCUUCGCAGAAAUACAAUGUGCUAUUUGUGGGAUACUGCCUUUCACACGACCAGAGGUGGUUGCUGGCCACGUGUACGGACAUGUACGGAGAACUAUUGGAGACGUGCAUCAUCAACAUAGAUGUCCCCAACAGAGCAAGAAGGAAAAAGGGCUCAGCCCGGAGACUUGGUUUGCAAAAGCUCUGGGAGUGGUGCUUGGGUUUGGUUCAGAUGACAUCAGUUCCAUGGAGAGUGGUAAUUGGCAGACUCGGGCGGAUAGGUCACGGAGAGUUGCGAGACUGGAGUAUAUUAUUGAGCCGAAGGAAUCUGCAGUCUCUUAGCCGCCGGCUAAAGGACAUGUGCAGGAUGUGUGGUAUCUCAUCUGCUGACACUCCUAGCAUCCUUAGUGCCUGUUUGGUUGCCAUGGAGCCUCAGGGCUCAUUUAUCAUCAUGCCAGACUCCGUGUCGACUGGUUCUGUAUUUGGCCGCAGCACAACUCUGAACAUGCAGACGUCACAGCUUAGCACCCCUCAGGACACCUCUUGCACACACAUCUUGGUGUUCCCCACCUCUGCCUUUGUCCAGGUCAACAGCUCUAGCUACACCCCCGAGGAUAUUGCCUUCAAUCCCAUCAAUGAUGGAUCAGAUCCUAUCGGUGGAAUCUUUGACCUUUUGGAGCAGGAAAGUGACCUGGUUGAUCCAGACAUAAUCAGUAUUCUUCCUGCCUCCCCCACCACCUCCCCAGUCCACUCUCCAGGAUCACAAUAUCACCAUGGAGGAGACGGUAGCAAGGGUCAGAGUACAGAUCGAAUGGAGUCACAUGAUGAGGCUCCCAACAUCCUGCAGCAACCUUUGGCUCUAGGCUACUUUGUAUCAACAGCUAAAGCAGGUCCACUGCCUGACUGGUUCUGGUCAGCCUGCCCACAAGCUCAGAACCAGUGCCCACUUUUCUUAAAGGCCUCUCUUCACAUUCAUGUAUCUUCAGUGCAGUCAGAUGAGCUUUUGCACGGCAAACACUCCCACCCACUGGACUCCAGUCAGACCUCAGAUGUACUUAGGUUUGUCUUGGAGCAGUACAACGCCCUCUCCUGGCUGACCUGUGACCCUGCAACACAAGACCGUCGUUCAUGUCUACCCAUUCACUUUGUGGUGCUGAACCAGCUCUACAAUUUCAUCAUGAACAUGUUGUAACAUCUUUUGACAAGAACUCAGUAUUACCAGAGCAGGGAAUAGGGGUGAGAGAGGAAAAUGACCUCCAAUGGGAUCUUAACCCAAAAGUCUGACACCUUAAACCAUUUUGGCUGUGGCAGUCUAUUUACAAUAUAGUACCACAGAGAUAGACCAGCUAAUUGAUGUCACAAAAUGCAAAGAAAGAGUUUUUUGUGUGGGGAAGAGGCCAAAGAGGAGCCAGAAAGGAGAAGAAAAAGGAAGUGUUCUAGCUUUCUGAUGUCAUUGUGAUUACCAUGGUACUGUUUGGUUUCAUGACACUAGUUGCUGCAUAUGGAAGAAGUCUAAUGUUUUGGAGGAAAAGGGACAUCCGUGAUUUCAUAAUGAAAGAGUUGAACCAACCUGAACAUUAUUGAAUUUGUGGUUUUAAGACAUGGAAAUUAAUUAUUUUUUUUAUUUUAAGACCUGAAAUUCCCUUUUUCAUGUGGAUACACUAGCAUCUAAAUGAAAUGCCUGCAUUUGUCUUAUUUAUUGUAAGUUUUUAAAUGUAUAAUUUGUCUUAUUUCUUAACCUCUUUUAUAUAUAAAAGAUCUAGGAGGUUUAAAUCGCCUCCCUGCUUUCAAAUAAUUGGACAAAAAUACCUAAUCUUAAUAAAUAAAAAAAGAAUAAAAUUUGCUGUAGGUUGCCUUUAGAGUAUUAUUUUUUGUAAGGGAUAACAAAUUUGUAUUGUCAUGAUGUACAGAGAUCAAAGGAUUGGGUAAAUUAUGUCCAUUCCUUUGUGAAUGGACAGUUGCAGCUGUGCCAUAGCUGUAAAGACUGUACAGCAAUGAAGUUCACUGUGUCUAAAGAGAGGUACAUUGUCGUAUAUAGUAUUUUAUACCACACAUUUAGACAUGAAAACGGCAAUAUAUAAAUAAUUAUAAAUGAAUGUCGUGCCAGUUACGUUUUGGCACAGCUUCUGUUUUAGGAAUAAAGUGAGUCAACUCUU